UCCGGGGCGGUCGAGCAGCGGCAGCGGGCGUGGGGCGGAGCCGCGGGGCGUGGGGGAGCGGGCACCAUGGCUCCCGCCGCCGCCGUGCCGCCGCCGCCCGAGAUCCAGUUCGCGCAGAGACUGGCCGCCAACGAGAAGCGGGUCCGGGACCGCGCCGUGAAGAAGCUGCGGGGUUACAUCAGCGUCAGGACCCAGAGCCCGGCGGGUGGCUUCAGCCAAGAAGAACUCUUAAAAAUAUGGAAAGGGCUAUUCUACUGUAUGUGGAUGCAAGAUAAACCUCUGCUACAGGAGGAAUUAGCAGAUAAUAUUUCUCAGCUAAUCCAUGUCAUUCAGAAUGUGGAGGCUCGACACCUGUUCAUUCAGACAUUUUGGCAAACCAUGAACCGUGAAUGGAAUGGGAUAGACAGGCUACGCCUUGAUAAAUACUACAUGCUAAUCCGUAGAAUUUUGAAGCAAUCCUUUGAGGUACUGAAAAGAAAUGGAUGGGACGAGAGUCUAACUGAACCGUUUCUGGAGCUACUAAUGAAAGAAAUUAUGCACCCAGAGAGUAAUGCACCCAGUGGAAUAAGAUUCCAUUUUAUUGACAUCUAUCUGGAUGAACUGUCUAAAGUUGGAGCCAAAGAGCUUACAGCAGAUCAGAAUCUCAAAUUUAUUGAACCUUUCUGCAAAAUUGCUGCCAAAUCAAAGGAUCGUCACAUGAUGCAAGCAGUAGCUCGGGGUAUCUUUGAAACCAUUGUGGAUCAGUCCCCUUUUGCCAUUGAAGAUCUAAUGAAAGAAGUGAAAACAAACGGGGGUGGUGAUGACCUAUCUGAAGAAGACGAAUUGAAAGAUGAUGAAGAAGGGGUAAUGGCCAAAGACAAAUAUUUGUCAAGAAAAUCAACACAGGACCCUGAAAAACAGGAGGACCUUUCUGAGGAUGCUGAUGAAAACAUUGGGCCUGUUCUCCAGUUUGACUAUAAAGCUGUUGCCGACAAGCUCUUUGAAUUGGCAAGCAGAAAAAAUACCCCUGCCUGUAACAGAAAACGCCUGUACAAAUUGGUCAAAAAAUUCCAGGACCUUGCAGAAGGCAUCUUUCCACAAGAUAAUUUCCCUGAAGAUGUUUCUACAGAUGAAGAUGAUGAUACAUUCAGCAGGGGAAGACGAAAGAAGAAAGCUGUCAAAUCUGUGGAGAAAACUAAGGUGGAAAAAGCCAAAGAGAAGGAUGGAAAAGAAACAUCAAGUGCAGAGGGAGAAGAUACCUCAGGACACCAGAAGAAGAGGAAGAAAAGAAAAAAGAAGAAUAGUCCAAGUGCUGACUCUGGCACAGCUGAUGGAAGUAGUGAGGGGGGCAUAAGUGAUGUAGUUGAGCCCACUGAACCCGAUAAGGUCAGCAUGCUAGAAAAUAGUAAGAGGAAAAAGAAAAAGAGAGAGGCAAAUGAGACGGAUGUUGGAACAACCAGCACUGGAGAGGACAAUGAUAAGUGUGCACAGGACGCUGUUACUGGCAUAGCACAGAACAAAAAAAGACUGAGGAAAAAGGCUCCCAAAUUACUGAUGGUUCAUGGAACAUCAGUACAUGAAAACGGAGUUAAUGCCAGUGCCCUGGAGGAUACCAGCCCCUGUGCCACCAUAACUCCCAAACUGGAGAAAAAGAAAAUGGGAGUUGUUUUAAUUAAUAGAAACGGCUUAUCUCAGCAGGUUGUGAUGAAACCAGAAGAGGAAAGCUUGCUAAAUAACUUCACAGGCAAAGAGGACUCAGAAUCCAUAAUUCCCAAAAAGGUCAAAUUGAAGAAAAAAGCAAAGUUGGGUAGCUUGGAAGGGAUUAGGGCUUCGAACCAGAAAAAGGCAGCCCUGAGAAAGAAGAGGAAGAUAAAAGAGGUGUUAAACUCUGUGGAAACUAAUGGAGUUCUUGAGACUGCUUGCAAGAAAAGCAAAGCAAGUGACAUUGGUGGUGCUCUAUCUCCACUGAAGAAGAAGAAAGCAAAGACAGGAAAUGACUUUGUGAAAUUUGAAAAAACAACUUUACCAAAGCCAGUGUUCUUCAGGAAAGCCAAAGGCAGUAUCUCCUCUACCAGGACAUCCCUGCAGUUAAACAAGCUGCAAUCCUCCAGUUCCAAAAAAGUCACCUUUGGGUUGAAUAAGAACAUGACUACUGAAUUUAAAAAGACAGACAAGAGUAUCUUGGUGAGCCCAGAAGGACUCUCUCGGGUAGCUUUCAAUCCUGAACAAAAGCCUCCUCAUGGAGUACUGAAGUCUGCAGGUACGCCGGUAGGAGUCCUUCAAACAAAGAAACAGCUUACAACAUCAGUGAAGAAGAGACCAACAGCUAUGGACUUCUUUUAAGCCAACUAGAAGUGGCCCACUUUUAUACAGGACAUUUCGCUAAAUUAAAACUUUCGGGGGGGGGGGGGGGGGGGUAUUUUGUAACUUUUUUUAUUAAGUUGUUGCAAAUUGCAUAGUAAAGGUUUUGAUUACAGCCUGUGACACUGCAGCUUCUUAACACCUCUUCAGCUGUAUCUUGAAAUACUUGUGGCCCCUAUUACAGAAAAGGAAUGAAAUGGGCUCCCUCUCCUCAGGUUUCCAAAGGGUGUGCUCUCUCGCCCCUGUGUUCUCAAGAGACGCUAGAUAAAAAUUAGGGUCAUAUUUUUGAGUUAAAUGUGCACUUCAAGCCAUUUGACUGUCUAUAACAUGUCAGGAUUUGAAAAACAAACAAACAGAAGUUGUCUAUUAAUGUAUUUAAAGACUCGCUCUUGUCUCUUGUCAGGCUGAUUGAUGGCAUUCUGGUUUAUCCUUAUUCUUGCUAAUGAGCUUUUCAAUCAGCCUCUGAAAAUAAUGAAAACAGCAUCUCACUUUAAUGGACCACUGGAUUCUCAGCAGCCUUACUCCUGAUAGAAAUACAGUAGUUAUUUAGAUGAUCAUCUUUAUAAACAAAUCUGUGGCACUGGGUGGCUGCCCAGCUGCUAAUGCGCACAACACAUUACCUGUAACACAAGUGCCAAAGCUGACUAUUACUUCAUGAUUGCUUGUGACGUUAUCAUUGGUUUCUCCACGUUGCCCCUUCUUUCUGCUGUACAACUGAAACAAUACUAUUGUAUUUGAGAAGUCUUGUACAUUUGAACUCCUCUUUCCCCAAGGACCUUUCAAAGGUUUCAGAAAAGUCUGUCUUCUGCCCUGCCUAUUGAUGUCACUCUAUUUGAACAGAGAUCACACUUUCAUUGAGUUAAAGAAGUUCUUACCGCAUUAAAGUGAACCUAGUACAUCUUUAUUUAGGAUACACAUCUCUCCAAAAGCCUUGGUGCCUUUCAAAACGGGGUAGAGCUUUACAGCCCAAGCCACUCAUACCUUUUUUAAAGGUAACACCAGAAAAAUGUCUUCUCCAGGAUUGCUUGUAUCAGUGUGUUUUUAUUCUACAUUAAAUAUUUAUGCAGAAUAUUCUGUAAUUACUCUUCAUGAUCUAUAUUUAAGGAUUUCUUUUUCCUUGAGUUCAGUCAAAAAUUAGGUAAACUUCUGUAACAGACCAUUGUUGUCAUCUAAGGGUGAACUGUGAGGUAGGGAGAUUGCACUAGAUCUCUGCUUUGAACAUGAAUUUUGAAGCGCAAAUAAUUCCAAGAUACACCUAACCAUUUAGUUUCUCUUCAGUUACUUCUGGGACUCUAUAAUCACAGGUAGCCUGUAUCAUUAUCUUGUCCUAUCCAAACUGGCAGAGGUUUAGCUACUUCAGCCAGCAGAGUAAAAUCUGUAAAAAAAACAAAACAAAAACAAACAAACAAACAAAAACCAUAUCUUUUUACUGGUCUCUGGUGCCUACUGUCCUCUGCCAAAUAGCCCCAUCUGCUACUGGAAUUAAACUGUAUUUUCCUUGAAGCAGUUCGUCUAGAGUUUCUCCAAAAUGUUGUAUAAUUGUAAAUUAAUGACAGUUCUCAAUAGCUCAGUUUUAAAUAGCUCCUACUGUUGCACUAAAUUUAAUACCAGUCCACGGCUUGUGGUACUGACGUAAGAGCUUUAGAAAAUCACUUGCUCUCCUGCUGUUUGAAUGUUAUUACUCAGUCAAAAUGAAAGGACUGCAUUUCAGUGGGUUUUAUUUUUUAUUGAUCUGGCCAGUCAACAGAGACCUAAGGAGAAUUCAGCGCUAUUAAUAUUUGCUGUUUGAUUGUUAUUAAUUUAUACAAAUGAGAAAUUCUCAUUGUGUAUUAGAAAAUUACUCUGGCAAGACAAUGGUGAGUAGGAGUCAAUGAGGACUAAUCAAUAAUGUUGUGCUGUUUAUCUUGUACUGUGGGUAAGAAGUCUCUUGUGGAAUAUGCAUUUGUAUAUGCAUGGUUGUUAAUGCAUUAUGUUUGAGAUGCAGUAUUCCUCCAAGGUUGUAGAUGCAACACGAUUAGUAGGUGGAACUGGUGUGCAUAGAGAAACUUGGGUCAGAAGUUCAAAUAAAAUGUUCAUUUUAUAUCUUUCUACAAGCAUCUUCAAAUUUCUGGCUAAUCCCUUGUCGGUUAUGGAUCCUGUGAUCUGCUGCUUGUCCAAAUUUACUGUUGCCCACAAAUGCUAACUGCUGUAGGCAGAAGCAGCUGUGUCACUCUUUAAUGAGCAUUGUAGUGAUGUGAUUUGCUCAUUGUGGAUUCAUGCAUACUGUGUCUCUGCCAUGAUAUCGGUGGAAUGUCUUGUAAAUAUGCAUGUGUAGUACAUAUGGUCUUCAGUGAUGUCUGGGAUUUCAUUCAGGAGUAGUUUUAAAAUCACAAAAUAACCAAAACGGUUGAUGCAAUUUAUUCCAUAGUGUUGGAUUAAACUGAAUAAAUUAUCCAGAACAUUUAGGUAAUGAAAAUUCCAAUAAACACUGAAGACAAAAAGGGAGAAAUAAAUGCACCAUCUGGGAUACCCACUGCACAAACACAAUUGUAGUAUAAAGGUACAUCUCACUUGUUUUAAAAAUAAAGAAGAUUGUUUAAUGUUAUUUCCUAGGUUUAUUCAUAAUUUUAUUCUAAAUCUGCACGUGUCAACCAUAUUGAGAGUCAAAAUAAACAGGAUGAAGUUAAUGUGGCUUAGAUUUAAAAGGGCAGGAUUUUGUAAUGGAUGUCUCUCUCCCUUUUUUUUUUAAGGAAUCUGGUCAACUUUGUACUUAUCAAGCUCUACUGGUUUAUAAUUCUUUAUAACUAAAUUAACUCAAAAGCACAAAAUUAAUUCAUCAGAAAAGCCAAUUUAAAAUUCUAUUUAAAUAUACCUAGUUGUAAGAGCUUUUAUUUUUUAUCAGAUUUGUGGUUUUGAAAAGCGUCUCGUCCCAUUUUUGUCUUUUAUUUCCUGUACUUAAAUUUUAUGGCAGGCAGGAAAAUAUUUCUUGCAUUACUUUAUGUACCUCUGCAAUUGCAUUGUUAAUCUAACUGUGGACGGUUUAAACAUUGGAUCACUUAGUUAAGUCCAAUAAAACUGUCUUUUCUGUGGAUGUUGUA